GGCGGUGGGCGGUGGGCGGGGAAGAUGUCUGAGCGGGGAGAAACCCCGGCGGCGGCGGCUGCAUCGACGGGAGAGAUGCCGGCUAAGAAGCAAAAGCUGAGCAGCGAUGAGAACAGCAACCCCGGGGAUCUGUCUGGAGAUGAGAACGAUGAUGCUGUUAGUAUUGAAAGUGGAACUAACACGGAACGCCCCGAUACCCCAACAAACACUCCUAAUGCACCGGGAAGAAAAAGCUGGGGAAAAGGAAAGUGGAAGUCAAAGAAGUGCAAAUAUUCCUUCAAAUGUGUAAAUAGCCUGAAGGAGGACCAUGGUCAGCCUUUGUUUGGAGUCCAGUUUAACUGGCACAGUAAAGAAGGCGAUCCUCUUGUUUUUGCCACUGUAGGCAGCAACAGAGUUACUUUAUAUGAAUGCCACUCCCAAGGAGAAAUCCGCCUGUUACAGUCCUAUGUGGAUGCUGAUGCAGAUGAAAACUUCUAUACCUGUGCAUGGACAUAUGAUAGUAAUACAAGCCAUCCUCUCCUUGCUGUGGCAGGAUCCAGGGGUAUUAUUAGGAUAAUUAAUCCUAUUACAAUGCAGUGCAUAAAGCACUACGUGGGUCAUGGAAAUGCAAUCAAUGAACUGAAAUUCCAUCCAAGAGAUCCAAAUCUCCUUUUAUCUGUAAGCAAAGAUCAUGCAUUGAGACUGUGGAACAUCCAGACAGACACGCUGGUUGCAAUAUUUGGAGGAGUAGAAGGGCACAGGGAUGAGGUGUUAAGUGCAGAUUAUGAUCUUCUUGGUGAAAAAAUCAUGUCUUGUGGAAUGGAUCACUCUCUCAAACUUUGGAGAAUUAAUUCCAAGAGAAUGAUAAAUGCCAUCAAAGAGUCUUAUGAGUACAACCCAAAUAAAACAAACAGACCUUUUAUUUCCCAGAAAAUCCACUUUCCUGACUUUUCUACAAGAGACAUACAUAGGAACUAUGUUGACUGUGUACGAUGGUUGGGUGACCUAAUUCUUUCCAAGUCUUGUGAAAAUGCCAUUGUGUGCUGGAAACCUGGCAAAAUGGAAGAUGAUAUAGAUAAAAUCAAGCCAAGUGAGUCAAAUGUGACCAUACUUGGGAGAUUCGAUUACAGCCAGUGUGAUAUAUGGUACAUGAGGUUUUCAAUGGAUUUCUGGCAAAAGAUGCUUGCUCUUGGCAAUCAGGUUGGCAAACUUUACGUUUGGGAUUUAGAAAUAGAGGAUCCUCAUAAAGCCAAGUGUACGACUCUUACUCAUCCUAAAUGUGUUGCUGCCAUUCGACAAACCAGUUUUAGCAGGGAUAGUAGUAUCCUUAUAGCUGUGUGUGAUGAUGCCAGUAUCUGGCGCUGGGACAGACUACGAUAAGUUACUUUUUCUUAAUUCAAAGUAGAAAAUAUAUAUUUUCAGAUUAUAAUAUAGUCUGUUAACUUGCUAGUACAGUAGAUGCGUUUAGCGUAGACUUUUCUCAAAGGUUCAGCAGGCUGGAGCUGAACUUAGUGAUGUUUACAUUCUGUGUAUUGUUCUGCUUGAACUUUUGCUGCUUUCAAUAAAAAGAAGUAUUUUUGUAAAGUUUUC